CAGCCGUAGGUGAUCAAAUGAACGAUUUCGGUUUUUCACUUCCUGAUUUCAAUGGUAUAACCAAUGAACGGACAAUACACGGACCGAUUUCUUUCGGGAAUUAACCUCCACUGAACAAAAACGGAUUGAGCGAACAGAAUACUAACUUCAUGACCACGCUCUAUUUAUACCUUUACUCGACAAGAGGCAUCCAGCAUCCUGACAAUAUACACAGCAUUGGCAGAGCCUUUGUUCUCAGCCAACCUUGUGACAGGUAAACUCCAGAGAUUCUGAGCCAAGGCACUGGUGCGCCACACCAUCCACUACCAUGUCCAACCAGGACUCUACCAACCCGUCCCAUGACUUGUUUGAGCAGUUUGUCCAAGCCCAGACCUGUAAGGAGGUGCAGCAUAUUUUCUCAGAGCUUUGCCACCACCUACAGGUGGACCCCAAGGACUACCAGAGCUUCUACACCAAGCUCAAGGAGAGGCUCAACUACUGGAAGGCCAAGUCCCUCUGGGUCAAGCUGGACAAGCGGGCCCAACACCAAGACUACCAGCAAGGCGAAGUCUGUGCCAAAAACAAGUGCCUGGUGCUGGGUGCAGGGCCGUGCGGGCUCAGGACAGCCAUAGAGCUGGCUCUGCUGGGGGCUCAUGUGGUGGUACUAGAGAAGAGAGACUCUUUCUCCCGGAAUAACGUGCUGCACCUGUGGCCCUACACCAUCUAUGACCUGCGUGGGCUGGCUGCCAAGAAGUUCUAUGGCAAAUUCUGCACGGGGGCUCUGGAUCACAUCAGCAUCCGUCAGCUCCAGCUGAUACUGCUGAAAGUGUGUCUUCUCCUGGGAGUGGAAGUUCAAACAGGGGUGGAAUUCAAAGGAUUUGUGGAGCCCUCAGGAGCCACAGGCUGGAUGGCAAAGCUGUUUCCUGACAAUCACCCUGCUGGGAAGUUCCAGUUUGAUGUCUUCAUAUCUGCAGGAGGAGGAAGCUUUGUCCCGUAUGGCUUCAAGAGGAAGGAGCUGCGAGGGAAGCUGGCCAUUGGCAUCACGUGUAACUUCCUCAACCGUCACACUGCAGCCGAGACCCAGGUGGCAGAGAUCAGCGGUGUGGCACGUAUCUACAACCAGAAGUUCUUCCAGGACCUGCUCACAGAGACUGGUAUUGAUCUGGAGAACAUAGUCUACUAUAAAGACGACACCCACUACUUUGUCAUGACUGCCAAGAAGAAGAGCCUGUUAAAGAUGGGGGUCAUUAAACAGGACUUUAGUGAUGCCGAUAAGCUUCUGGCCCAGGUAAAUGUUGACCAGGAGGCCUUGUUGCGUUACGCCUACGAUGCUGCCCAGUUCUCCACGGGCCACUGCCUGCCCGACAUGCAGUUUGCCCAGAACCACGCGGGCCAGCCUGAUGUGGCCAUGUUCGACUUCACUUGCAUGCACCGAGCUGAGAACGCCUCUCUGGUCAGGGAGAGAAAGGGCAAGAAACUACUCAUGGGCCUAGUGGGAGACUGCCUGGUAGAGCCGUUUUGGCCUCUGGGAACAGGUAUUGCCCGUGGGUUCCUGGCUGCCUUCGACACAGCAUGGAUGGUUAGGAGCUGGGGCAAGGGAAGACCCCACAUGGAAGUACUUGCUGAGCGAGAGAGUAUCUACCAGCUCCUGUCUCAGACCACGCCAGAGAACACCAGUAAGAAAUAUAGCGCCUUCAGCAUAGACCCGGCUACACGCUACCAGCAUGUCAACCUCAACUCCGUCAAGGCCUUCCAGGUGAAACGUCUCUAUGAUGUGGAAGAACACCUUAAUCCUGGGCGACCCAACAAGAAGCCGAAAGACAAUUGGUCUCACCUGCGACAAGAUUCGGUUGGAGCGUUUGAGGUGCUUUUGAAGUGGUGCCAGCAGCACACUGCAGGGUAUGACAGGGUGAAUGUGAAAGAUCUGAACCAGUCCUGGAGGUCUGGCCUGGCCCUGUGUGCCCUCAUCAACACCUUCAGACCCCGUGUCAUUGACAUGUCCUCUCUGGAGGAGUCUAAUGCAGUCUACAAUAACCAGCUGGCCUUCAACUUCCUGGAGAGAGAGCUGGGCAUCCUUCCCAUAAUGUCAGCCAGGGAGAUGUCUUUCAAGGGACAGAUAGACAAGCUCUCCAUGGUGCACUACCUCACACAGAUCCUCGAUGCGUUCAAUGAAAGGACACCUACUAAAGAACCUCAGAGCCUUCCCCUGAAGCCAUCCAAGACCCGGUCUUUUCGGGCUGCUGUGGUCUUCCUCAACAACCUCAAGCACAACUCUCUGCAGCGACGCAAGGAGAGACUGGCAAGCAAGAAAGACGGAAACGGGACGAUGGGAGAGGAAAAGGAUCCUUUAGCUCCUCUCUCAACCCCUAAGAUAAACCCUGACCCUGUGAACCCUGACCCUGAACCGAGCCUGAUGCCAGGCAUCAGUAGCAAUGAGGAGUGUUACUUCUGUUGCGAACGGGUCUAUGUUCUGGAGAGGAUCAGUACUGAGGGAAAGUUAUUCCACCGUAGCUGCUUCACCUGCUAUCAGUGCGGCACCACCCUUAGACUGGGCGGGUAUACCUUCAACCAGCACACUGGGAAGUUCUACUGUGAGCUGCACUCUGAACAACUGGAGAUGGAGAACGGGGAACAAUGCCCAUCCGUUCAGGAUACAAUAGAAGAUCACAAUGAGAAGGAGAGAGGUGUGAAUGGGAUCUCCAGUGAAGAGCCCUCACCUUGUCCCUCUGAAAAUGAUGAUGAAGAGUACUCUCUAGACUUGGGUCUUCCUAAACCAAUGGCUUCUCAGGGUGAGGAACACCCCAGCAGCAAACAAUCUAAUCCUGUAGAGGAGCCCCAUGUCCCACCAAAUCCACCCAUAGACGUUUACCCGAAGAAAGGGUUUAAGGCCAGUGAGGUGGAGGAAGAAAAGGAGGGUAAGGAGUGGGUUGAGGAUCCCUCUUCAUACCCCCCGACACCUGUCCCAAAACCUCGUCUAUCUUGUUCGGAAAUCCCCAGCCCUCAGGCCUCCCCUCCUGUACCCAAACCACGCACCGUCCUCCCCACCCCAAAAAGGGACAUGUCACCGGCCCAUGUAGGGGAGAAGGGGUCCCUCGAAGCAGCAGGAGAGAAAGGGACCCCCAAGGCAGCCCCAGCCCCUGACUCCAGGGUGAAGCAGUCCCUGCGGAAGCUGCAGCUCACCGACAAGAAGAAGAACCAAUUAGUCAAUCUGAGCUUCAUCCUGGACUCUGACUCGGAGACACCUGGUUCUUCCUCCUGCUCCUCAACAGUAACAGCAGGGGGUCCCAGCCCACCCAAACCUCCAGAUUGCCAGGAGGAGGAGGGCUACUGGAUUGGGGGCUCGAGGCUGGCGGGACACAUCCGGGAGCUCAGGAACCGCCGCUGCUUCAGAAGGAAAGAGGAGCCUGAGGAGGGCCAGGGUCAACACGGCAGGGUCCGCUCCAAAUUCUCCCCCUGGAACCUCUCCUCCCCUCGGCCGAGGAGGGACUACCGCUUCAGCGUCCUCAACAGCCACCCAGAAGUACACUAUCACCACAGUGUAUCCGAAGAUGGUGGUGCUGAUGAGGAUGAUGAUGAUUAUGAUGAGUUGGAUAUGUUUGGAGUAGAUGGCAUGGAUUUAUAUGAUGACAAGUUCCAGAUCGUCCCUUCAGACCCUGUGAAGGCUGAGAAGAUACAGCUGAUGAAGAUGAGGACUUUGGCACGUCGGGCCAAGACAUCUGAGAUGCAGCGCUUCCACAAAGCCCAGUCUAUCCAGAGGCGACUGGAGGAGAUCGAGGUGACGUAUAAAGAGCUGGAGGAUGAAGGUGUGGUGCUGGAGCAGGUACUCAGAGGAGAGGAAGACAGCUGUGGUUCUCCUGGGAUGAUCGACCAGUGGGUCCAUCUGGUCCACCAGAAGAACACUCUGGUCUCUGAGGAGUCAGACCUUAUGGUGGCGUCUCGACAGCUAGAGCUGGAGGACAAACAGAGCACGCUAGAGAUGGAACUGAGACGAUACGAGCUGGAUGAUUCUGAGAAGUCUGUGGAGCAGCAGGCAGAAGAGGAGCGUGUGCUGCAGGAUAUGCUGGAGGUGGUGGACAUGAGGAACUCUCUGGUGGCCUUUCUAGACGAGAAGAGACGACAAGAGAUGGACUCUGAUGAGCAGCAGUCCACCUCGCUGCUAGAGGUCAAGAGACACCCUACAGCCUCAGCUGGGGCACAGGUGUACUGGGCGUGAGGGUGACUUGGACUGGACGUGAGGGUGACAUACAGUCAAGGCAGUCCUGCUCCAGCAGCAGCCCCAGGAUACAGAGACCACCACAGCCAGCUGAACUCACACCAACCUCACUGAGGACCUGCUGACAAUACAAAGGACCCAAAGUCGCAUGUUCUUAACACAUGGUGGAUUGUGGAGAUAUUAUAUUCUGUGGGUUGGACAGUAUUGUUUCAAAUGAAUUCUGGAUUCAUGUUCAUUUAUUUUGGUAAACCUAAAUCUGCUAGUUCUGCUAAGCAUAAAGUUAAUGAGAUUAUCGCAAUUCUACUUUUCUAUAAUGUAGUGACAAAAUUAGAUACAAUAAAAACAAAAUUGGUCCAUAAAAAUGUGUUUUGAAAUGUCCUUAUUUUCCAUGAAAACAUACAUGAAAUAAUUUGCAAAAUGAACAGGAAAUAUAGUCAAGGUGUUGACAAGGUUAUAAAUAAUGAUUUUUUUUUAAUUGAAAUAAUAAUUGUGUCCUUCAAACUUUGCUUUCUUCAAAGAAUCCUCCAUUUGCAGAAAUUACAGCCUUGCCGACCUUUGGCAUUCUAGUUGUCAAUUUGUUGAGGUAAACUGAAGAGAUUUCACCCCAUGCUUCCUGAAGCACCUCCCACAAGUUGAGUUGGCUUGAUGGGCACUUCUUACGUACCAUACGGUCAAGCUGCUCCCACAACAGCUCAGUAGGGUUGAGAUCCGGUGAAUGUGCUGGCCACUCCAUUAUUGACAGAAUACCAGCUGGCUGCUUCUUCCGUAAAUAGUUAUUGCAUAGUUUGGAGUUUGGAGUGCUUUUGGUCAUUGUCCUGUUGUAGGAAGAAAUUGGCUCCAAUUAAGCGCCGUCCACAGGUAUGGCAUGGUAUUGCAAAAUGGGGUGAUAGCCUUCCUUCUUCAAGAUCCCUUUUACCCUGUACAAAUCCUCUACUUUACCACCACCAAAGCACUUCCAGACCAUCACAUUGCCUCUGUAAUGGAUGUGAAACUGCUAGCUUAGUUGGUGGUGGUACGCGCUAAAUAGCGUUUCAAUCGGUGACGUCACUUGCUCUGAGACCUUGAAGUAGUAGUUCCCCUUGCUCUGCAAGGGCCGUGGCUUUUGUGGAGCGAUGGGUAACGAUGCUUCGUGGGUGGCUGUUGUUGAUGUGUGCAGAGGGUCCCUGGUUCGCACCCGGGUAUGGGCGAGGGGACAGUCUACAGUUAUACUGUUACACCUCCACCAUGCUUGACAGAUGGCGUCAAGCACUCCUCUAGCAUCUUUUCAUUUUCUCGGCGUCUCACGAAUGUUCUUCUUUGUGAUCCGAACACUUCAAACUUAGAUUUGUCUGUCCAUAACACUUUUUUCCAAUCUUCCUCUGUCCAGUGUUUGUGUUCUUUUUCCCCAUCUUAAUCUUUUCUUUUUAUUGGCCAGUCUGAGAUAUGGCUUUUUCUUUGCAACUCUGCCUAGAAGGCCAGUAUCUCGCCUCUUCACUGUUGACGUUGAGACUGGUGUUUUGCAGGUACUAUUUAAUGAAGCUGCCAGUUGAGGACUUGUGAGGCAUCUGUUUCUCAAACUAGACACUCUAAUGUACUUGUCCUCUUGCUCAGUUGUGCACUGGGGCCUCCCACUCCUUUUUCUAUCCUGGUUAGAGCCCGUUUGCACUGUUCUGUGAAGGGAGUGGUACACAGCGUUGUACGAGAUCUUCAGUUUCUUGGUAAUUUCUCACAUGGAAUAGCCGUCAUUUCUCAGAACAAGAAUAGACUGACAAGUUUCAGAAUAAAGUUAUUUUUUUCUGGCCAUUUUGAGCCUGUAAUCGAACCCACAAAUGCUGAUGCUCCAGAUUCUCAACUAAUCUGACGAAGGACCGUUUUAUUGCUUCUUUAAUCAGCACAACAGUUUUAGUGUGUUUUCAGUGCUAACAUAAUUGUGAAAGGGUUUUCUAAUGAUCAAUUAACCUUUUAAAAUGAUAAACUUGGAUUAGCUAACAGAACGUGCCAUUGGAACACAGGAGUAAUUGUUCCUGAUAAUGGGCCUCUAUGCGCCAAUGUAGAUAUUCCAUUAAAGAAUCUGCCGUUUCUAGCUACAAUAGUCAUUUACAACAUUAACAAUGUCUUCACUGUAUUUCUGAUCAAUUUGAUGUUAUUUUAAUGGACAAAAAAGUUAUUUAAAAAACAAGGACAUUUCUAAGUGACCCCAAACAUUUGAAUGGUUGUGUGUGUGCUAUUUAUACAUAUAUAUAUAUGAUGUUAAAGGGUCAGUGCAGUUGAUGUGAUUUUCCAUUUUUUUAAAUGAUAUUUCCACACUGAUGUCAAAAUUACACACUGAAAUGAUGAAAUGAUUAGUGCCCUUUUUAUGUAAGACCUGUUUGAAAAACAGGACAGUAGCUCUCAAGCACAGUUGGUAGAGCAUGGCGCUUGUAACGCCAGGGUAGUGGGUUCGAUUCCCGGGACCACCCAUACGUAGAAUGUAUGCACACAUGACUGUAAGUCGCUUUGGAUAAAAGCGUCUGCUAAAUGGCAUAUAUUAACAGGGUUGGCGAGCCCUUGUCUAGAUGAUGCUAUCCACCAAUCAGGGCUGUGUAUGUAAAUAUAUUUGCAUCAAACAUUUGUGUCAACACGAUCAGACUGAGCAUAUAAAAAAAAUAUAUAUUGUAUUCGUAAAAUAAAAACACCGUGAUUUUAUUAGCUGUACAGUGAUGAUAAAAAUAAUAAGACUGCAUGGGGGCUUUAAAUACAUGAUAUUAUUGCUAUUACUAUUUUUUAAAUAAUUUUUCACUUUGUUAGCACUUUUCAGUGGCUCAUGUUGUGGAUUGCUUUGCAUGUUACAUUGAUAGUUAAUGUUAUUCUCCCGAGUGGCGCAGUUUUAUUUUUAAAAUGUAAUCUUUAUUUAACCAGGUAGGCUAGUUGAGAGCAAAUUCUCAUUUGCAUCUGUGACCUGGCCAAGAUAAAGCAAAGCAUUUCAACACAUACAACAACACAGAGUUACACAUGGAGUAAAACAAACAUACAGUCAAUAAUACAGUAGAAAAAAAUCUAUAUACAGCAAGUGCAAAUGAGGUAGGAUAAGAGAGGUAAGGCAAAAAAUAGGCCAUGGUGGCAAAGUAAUUACAAUACAACAGUGGUCUAGGUCUACGUCGUUGCGUCUCAGUGCUAGAGGCGUCACUAUAGACAGACACCCUGGUUCAAAUCCAGGCUGUAAUUGGGUGUCCCAUAGGGCGGCGCACAAUUGGCUCAGUGUCGUCUGGGUUUGGCUGGUGUAGGCCGUCAUUGUAAAUUAGAAUUUGUUCUUAACUGACUUGCCUAGUUAAAUAAAAAAUAAAUAAAAUAUUCUCAGGGGUUAAUGGUUCUCUCUCGGAAUCCAUGUUGGAUGGAUUUUAUAUCCCUUUGUGAAUGUGUGUGGUACUAAGACUCAAUUCUGAUCCUUUUUCUAAUAAUUCGUUUAUCUUUUUUAGAGCUGAUCUGAUUGGUCAAAAUAUCAGAAUUUGUCUGCCUGUCUAAACGCAGCCUAUGAUAGUGUAUCGGUGAAAUACAUUCUGAAGUGACCGGGUAUUUUUUUGUUGUUGACUAUAACCAUUAGCCAUCAUUUUGUCAUUUGCAAAUCUCUGUAAAUAAAUAUAUGUUAACAGUAUGGCCAAGUUUAAUACAGGGAAAACUGUUGUGAGUGAGACCCGGCCUUAGGCCUAUGUAUCUUAUUGUGCUGCCAGGACAGUACUUUUGCAGAAAUUCAAAUAAAGAUCAUGCAGUUUCA